AUGUAUUCAGAACAUAGUGGACAAAGGCGUGGAUUGCUGAGACCGGUUACAGCAAGCGGUGGUGGGCCUAUAUUCCGGAAUUUACCAUUAUUCGGUUUCUUAAUUGGUCUUCUGUUUUUCUUCUUCAUUUUCAACAUUUAUCAAGCUCAGAGGGCGGAACUGUACGAGAUACGCAAUCAGAUUGAACUUGAAAAGAGUCGCUAUAUUAAAACAAAAUCGGAGAACAUUAAUUUUAAGGCUCAGUUGGAAAAUUAUAAAAGCUCGGAAGCUAGUUUGAAAAAUGAGUUGCAAUCUGUGCGUUUGAAUCAAAAGGAAUGCAGUGAAAAAUUGGCGGAAUGGGAUAAUAAUUUGUUAUCCAACCAGAUAAAUUUAAAACAUCUUCAGAGCGACAAGAACGCAUGUUUCACCGCGUUGGAUUCAAUGAAAGCUGAAUUGGCGCUAGCAAAACUAACACUGACUAAUCUGCAAGCCAACUCUAAGUCGAUGGGAAGUGAGAUGGAAGCACCGAAGAAAAUUAUUGAAAGUUUAAAAACGCGAUUGCAAGGAAAAGAUGCACAAGAAAGCAUUUCCCAGACCAAUUUAGCUGCCUCACCAUUGGCGGUAACUCAAGAUGCUAAUGAACUAGAGAGUCGCAAAAAUACCUCGAUUCAAAAUGAAAAGCUGACAAACAAAAUUGAGCAUAAUCCAUCUCUUAAUGCUUCCGCAACAAAUUUGUUCCAACAAGAAGUCGUCUUGCCGGAGUCUGUUGCACUCAGAGCUCCGGAACACAUUGUUGUCACGGUAACGAAGUCCAGCAAUAACCUUCAUGCUCCUACAAUCAUUCCAGUCCCACGAAAUGCAGCUCAAAAUGACCAACUCAAUUUUCUUGCCUCACCUCUGCAAUUAGAAAAACAAUCACUUGAGGCCAAAACUGCGGAGAAUCUAAGGCUCCCAAAUAUUCCUGAGCUCCAGCUGAAUCUUGAUAAUGUUUUGCGCAUGAACGAGCAGUUACCCUUCAUUCACAAGAAAGACCAGAUGAAAAAGAAUGUAGAGAAUGGUAAUGAUAGAGAUGGGAAACAAGUAAUUGGUGGUGAAUACAUUGAUAAGGAAUUAGAAGAUGCGUAG